GGGUUUGCUACAAAUUAAAUGGCGUUAGUACUCGUUUUUCUGCCUAUUAUUGCUCUUAUUUUCAUUUAUUAUUAUAUUCUUCUUCCCACUUGCAUGCACAUUAUUAGCAAGUCGCCAAGUUCUCCACCUGGCCCUCCGGGCCUUCCAAUCAUUGGGAACUUGCACCAAUUCGAUAGUGCAGAGCUUCAUGUUUUCCUGUGCAAACUUUCAAAAAAGUAUGGUUCCUUGAUGCGCAUGAAACUUGGUUCCAGGGAAGUUGUUGUCAUUUCUUCUGCAACAAUAGCUAAGGAGGCCUUGAAGACACACGACUUGGCGUUUUCUAGCAGACCAGCAUUCAUGGGCCAGCAAAGGCUAACCUACAAUGGCUUGGACAUUGCGUUUUCGCCCUACAAUGCUUACUGGAGAGAGAUAAGAAAGAUUUCUGUUCUUCAUCUCUUUAGCCUCAGGAGAGUGAAGCAGUUCCAGUCAAUCCGUGAAGAUGAAGUCUCUCAAAUGAUCAAUCGCAUUUCCAAACUUGCCUUCUCGUACCAACAAAUAAAUUUAAGCAAGAUAGCAAUGUCUCUAACCAGCAACAUAAUUUGUCGGUCCGCUUUUGGUUUAAGAUUCAACGAGGAAGGGCAAGAAAAGAGGAGGUUCUACAAGCUUUUGAAUGAAGCUCAGGAAGUAUUGGUGGGAGGGUCGCUAGUUGCUGAUUUCUUGCCGUCAUUUGGUUGGAUUGAUAAGUUAACUGGAAAGGCUGCACUGCUUGAGAAAGUUUUCAAGGGUUUGGAUUGUUUUUACCAAGAACUCAUUGACAAGCAUCUACAACCAAAUAGGCCAAAAUCAAUGGAUGACGAUAUAAUUGAUAUUUUACUGAGAUUCAUGGAGGAGAAUUCAUCUUCAGCCAAUCUAACUUUGGAUCACAUUAAAGCAGUGUUAAUGAAUGUUUUCGUUGCUGGGACGGACACAAGUGCAGUUGUUAUAGUCUGGGCUAUGACAGCUCUAAUGAAAGAUCCAAGGGUGAUGAAUAUAGUCCAACAAGAAAUCAGGGGGUUUAUUGGGGAGAAAGACAAUGUAGAUGAAGAAGACAUUAAACAACUACCAUAUUUCAGAGCAGUCGUAAAAGAAACUUUAAGAGUGUAUCCACCAGCUCCACUCUUGGUUAACAGAGAAACCCUUUCGAAAUGCACUAUUGAUGAGUACGAAAUCAAGCCAAAAGUGCUUGUCUUUGUGAACGCAUGGGCCAUUGCUAGGGACCCUGAGUACUGGGAAAAUCCGGACGAGUUUUAUCCUGAGAGAUUUUUUGAUAGCAACGUUGAUUACAAAGGACAUGACUUCGAAUUCAUUCCAUUUGGAGCUGGCAGGAGGAUCUGUCCCGGAAUGAUAGCAGGGGUUGCAUCGGCAGAGCUCGCACUUGCUAAUCUUCUUUAUGCAUUUGAUUGGGAAAUGCCUUCUUGGAUGAAGAAAGAAGACAUUGAAACUGAAUCUUUGCCUGGACUUGCUAUGCAUAAGAAAACCCCUUUGUGUCUCUUUGCUAAAAAGGUGUGAUUAGCUAGCUAUAGAAUUUGCAAAUUAUCGAAUAUUACUAUGCAGAAGAGGACCUCUUUAUGUUUGUUGU